AUAAAAGCUCUUCUCCGAGAACUCUUUCUUUGCUCUUUGACAAAUCACUGAAGUCUAUGAAUUUUCAAGCCCACUCUUGAGUAACAAUUGAACGACGAACGCAUGUCAAACUGGGCUAACUGGUAACGAGAGUGAGCAUGGACUAGAUUAGCACAAAGAUUUUGCUCCCUCAGCUUGCUCGAUGCGAGGGGGUUUACAACGACAUUCGAAUCCCUCCCGUCAUGUCUGCGGCAUGCCACUAGAAAACUCUUCGCGACAAAACGGUCUCGAGAUGUUAUAAUAACCCAGUGGCAAGUGUCGUUUCUUUCAAGACACGAUACACAACCUUUUUCUUUCCAAUCAGAUGAAUUCAAAUUGUCCCUUCAAAGGAUGGUGAAGUGGACCCAGGACAUAUCAGCAUCGCCCGCCAGAUCAGCUUUUGAGAGACGGAUAAGGCGAGGGCUGGUAACUGCCGAACAGGCCAUCUCGUCAUCUUGGAUUUAGUUGUGUGAGGAAAAGAAGAGAAGAAAAAGAAGAGAAAAAAGGCCAGCGAAGAUACCCGCGGGAAAGGGAAGGUUUGCACGCCCGGCAGCAUCACGUGGAGGGGCGCUAAACCCGGGAGGGCAAGGUGCUCCCCGGGAAAGCCACUUCGGCCGACAAGCAGGCCAGAAUGCUGUCAUGGCGGGCGACUACAGAGCGCAGGGAAGCGCUUUGCUGCGAAUCCAUUGUGCUUUUAUUCCUCCACGCCGACCUGUCUUGUCCUUUUCAGCUCCUUUCUGGAGUAUCUAAUUGCUAAAACUAAUAAAAGAGAUAAAAUCCUGGUGCCAAUGUCGGUCAAUCGCUGCGGUCGCCAAGCUUCAAAGCUGCUCCGGUUAUCUGGCGGGUAUUCGAGAGUGGCCUGUGGGCUCAGAUGGAGUCAUCCUGCAAGACGAGUUGCUCAAUGGCAGAGCGUUGCGUCUGUCCACACUGAUGGCCAUCAGAAUAUGCUAGCGGAGAAACUCGAGCAAGCUGAUCCAACUGUGUAUAAGAUUAUCCAGAAUGAAAAAAGCAGGCAGAAACAUUUUAUCAACCUGAUCCCCUCGGAGAACUUCACCUCCCAGGCUGUCCUCGAUGCGCUUGGCAGUGUGAUGCAAAAUAAAUAUUCUGAGGGAUACCCAGGUGCUCGGUACUACGGUGGGAACGAAUUCAUUGACCAAGCUGAGCGCCUCUGCCAGCAGCGCGCUCUGCAGGCAUUUGGGUUGAACCCAGAAGAGUGGGGAGUGAACGUCCAACCCCUAUCUGGAUCUCCCGCCAACUUCUACGCAUAUUCCGCCGUCCUCCAGCCCCACGAUCGCCUUAUGGGUUUGGACCUCCCUCACGGAGGUCACCUUUCUCAUGGCUACCAAACACCCACAAAAAAGAUCUCCGCAGUGUCUAAGUACUUCGAGACGCUUCCUUAUCGUCUAGAUGAAUCUACUGGUCUCAUAGAUUAUGCCAAACUGGAGGAUAUGGCCACAUUGUACCGACCAAAACUCAUUGUUGCAGGAACAUCCGCAUACAGCAGGCUGAUUGAUUAUCCCCGCAUGAAAAAGAUUGCUGACAGCGUUGGAGCAUAUCUGCUCAGUGACAUGGCCCAUAUUUCUGGGUUGGUUGCUGCUGGUGUCAUUCCAUCGCCAUUCCCACAGUCAGAUAUCGUCACAACUACGACACACAAAUCGCUCCGAGGGCCACGCGGCGCCAUGAUCUUCUACCGGAAGGGUGUCCGUAAACACGAUGCUAAAGGAAAUCCUAUCAUGUAUGAUUUGGAAAACCCCAUCAAUGCCGCCGUGUUCCCUGGCCACCAAGGUGGGCCCCACAACCACACAAUUACCGCCCUUGCCGUUGCUUUGAAACAAGCCCAGAGCCCAGAAUUCAAAACAUACCAGCAAAGUGUAUUGGAAAACGCAAAGGCCUUGGCAGCCCGCCUCGGUAACUCUACAAAUAGCGGUGGCUUGGGCUACAAUAUCGUGUCUGGUGGUACUGAUAACCAUCUUGUUCUCGUCGACCUGAAGAACCGUGGCGUCGAUGGCGCACGCGUGGAGAGAGUUCUCGAGCUCUGUGGUGUGGCAAGUAACAAGAACACCGUGCCAGGUGAUAAGUCUGCAAUGAAGCCCGGUGGUCUCCGAAUGGGCACACCGGCCAUGACUUCCCGUGGCUUUGGACCGGAGGACUUCUCUCGCGUUGCUGAUAUUGUUGACCGCGCUGUCAUCAUCACGCAGAAGCUUGACAAAGCCGCCAGAGCUGAAGCGGAGGCCAAGAAUCGGAAGAACCCCACGAGCUUGAAGGCAUUCUUCGAAUACCUCGGACAAGGAGAGGAGGUCUCGGAGAUUGUACAAUUAAGAAAAGAGGUUGAGGACUGGGUGGGAACAUUCAGCCUUCCGUGGACUGAGGAAUAGUUAGAGUGUGAUCCGAGCGAUACGUAUGUUUCUUAAGUACGGAUGAUGGAUGAUGACGACUUAACCCUUUUCCGCCUGUAUCCUGGCCUUUUUUUUGUCAUGCUCUUCUUAACAAGAUGCGAGAUGUGCUGUUACUUUGUCACCUGUAUAAAAUGGACGACCUUUUUUGAUACUUUAUUUUUGG